AUGCGCCGAGCCGUGGUAACCUCCCUCCUCCCUCUCUGUGCCUACGGGGUCAACAUCAUCUCCUCGAAUGACGAUGGUUGGGCGGAGAUCAACAUCCGCGAACUGUACGACUCAUUGACGUCCGCUGGGCACUCAGUCGUUAUUUCUGCGCCGGCAGAAAAUCAAAGUGGCAAAGGCUCUCUUGAUGCCACUCCCACCGCCUUGAGAGACCCCUGCGAGUUUAACAGCUGUCCCGCUGGAAGCCCCCCGUACGGCUUCAAUGCCUCUGAGCCGCGUUUCAACUAUGUGAACUCCUUCCCCCUAACGUCCAUGAAGCAUGGGAUCGAUUCCCUGGCUCCACGGUUCUUUGGCGACUCUCCAGUGGACCUGGCGGUUUCGGGGCCAAAUGUUGGCGCCAACCUGGGAGCAGCGGUAUUCUUUUCUGGGACAGCGGGUGCAGCCACAUAUGCUGCCAAUGAAGGCGAAAUUCCCGCCAUUGCCUUCUCCGGUGCCUCAGGUAGUCAGACCGCCUGGAACGUCACACCCCCGGCGUACAGCCCGAUCUAUGCGGAAUUGGCUACAAAUCUUACAAACCGGCUGCUUGCAUCGGACCAACCGUACCUCCCCAAGGACGUCUGGCUGAACGUGAACUUCCCCGAAGUAAGCGAUUCCAGCUGUAAUAACGUACAAGAUUUCGAAUUUGUCUUGUCGCGGAUAUUCCCGGCCGUCCCGUUGGUCACACCCGAUGAUGUCGAAACCUGUGGGAGCAAGCGCCUACCAAUCGAUAUCCAGGUGAUGGCGACAAAGGGCUGCUACGUGAGUGUCUCGGUGGGCGUCGCUAGUACUAAGUUGGAUGCCAGUGCAGACGCGCAGAACGUGGUUUUGGAGAAAUUGGGCGGUCUUCUCACUUGUUUGCCUUGA